AUGUUCGUCCGAAAGCUGCCUUUCACUGCGUUUCUCAUUGAUGACUUCUUCGUCAUCAACAAGACCUCUAGAAGUCUAGAGCAAUAUCGCGUCUUCGCUAGUGGACCAAUACUUAUUCCGACACGCGACCACGUAACGGAAGCCCUUCACGGCUUCCCCCACAACGGAUACCUCUUAAAAUAG